CGUCCGAAAUCGCAUACUUCCAUACUAUAUAGUAGGCGAAAAACAGUAUGCGAAGCAAGUAGUAUGUCCGAAUUCUCAGUAUUCGAAAAACAGUAGGCGAGAUGUACCCGGAUGGCCUACUACUUCCGGCCGAAUUCCGUAGUAUGCAUAGGAUGGACACUUCUCUAUCCCAUGAGGCACCGGGAGAGGGCUCGUCAUACUCAUAUUCGAAAAUAACGGAAAAUCGGAGGAUUGUGACGCCGCUGUUUUGAAGUAGACUGAUGAACACAAUCUUGUUCUCAUCCACUGAUGAAACCCUAUUCACUGGAAAGCAUAAUUCAGUAAUCUGCUCUUGAAGAGCUGCACACGGUCGUCUGCUGUGACACAGCUGUGGUCCGUUUGUCCCGCACAUGCUCUUUUGUGCUGACUUCUGUGUUUUGGGGUUCCAGUGUAUCAUCGUCAUGAUCCUCCACAACUUCUGGAUCAGCAAUGUCCUCAUUCAGAAGACGGAGGUUGUAGAGCACUGCACAGCAUGCAUCAACAUCUGCACAAAGGCAGAACUCACUUCCAGGGCCUUGAAGAAGAAGAUGGAGCACAGCUGGUCUUCAUCAUCUGAUGGCUCUCUCAACAAUGUUCUGUGCACGAGCAUCAUUGGUAUUGAAUCAAAGCUGUGCAGGAUUCUGUUCAGGCUCUCUGUCUUCUGUGAUGAGGCAGAUGAACACUCACACAAGGACACCCACCAUCUCCCAGGAUGUGUUUUCCUGCAGGUGGAUAGGCCUCCAGAGUUCUUCAGCACCCUGGCAUCAUACACAGACCCGGGAUACUCAACAAAGAUAUCAAGCUACCAGAAGAAAAGCUGCUUCCACUGCCUGUCAUCUGUGGUGGAGAAGGCAAUCAGCCUCCUCAAAAUCCCCAUGACAGACCUGCUCAUUCUGUGCACAAUGUUAUGCAGCUCUUGGAUGUCAAAGGCCAGUGACAGCAGCCUGUAUGAUGCUGUUCACAGUCUGUAAAUAUGUAGUUUUUGUUUUUUAGAAUAAAAUUUCAAUAGGUUACACAUUUU